ACAUGCUCUGUUUUAUCUACGCAUGCGCACACUUUCUGCUGUGUGUUGGUGUGUCACUGUGCUAUCAGGCUAAUCUCAGCCGCGCGCUUCUCUUGUUACUAUCUAAUUGUUAACAUAUUUACCCUCUUUUCCUUCCGUUUUACUAUUUCAAACAACACGGACAAUGGCGGAUCCAAGAAUACGACAAAUAAAAAUCAAGACCGGUGUGGUUAAACGUUUGGCCAAAGAGGAGGUGUUGUACAUAAAGGAGGCAAAGCAACAGGAAGAGAAGAUUGAGCGUCUCAAGGCGGAGGCAGGAGACGAGUAUGUAAUCAAGAAACAGUUGGAGGUGUUGCAAGAGUCAAGAAUGAUGAUCCCAGACUGCCAUCGUCGUUUAGCUAUGGCCCACGCUGACCUACAACAGCUGUUGGAAACAGAAGAGGAACUGGCUGAAAUGGAAGAAUACAAGGAGGCCAGAACUGUUUUAGAGUCAGUCAAGCUGGAAGGAUGAUGGACACAAAUGAACAAACACCUACAGACGCUAACGUACACACCGACAUCCCAGCUGUCCAUUCCAUUUCCUCUGACUUGUUCAACAUUUCAGAAGCAAGGCGAUGUGUUUACUGAUUGCUUAUGUUUGCAUUUCCUUGAUUUUUGUAUUGAUUCAUAAUUUAAUGCCACUGUUUUCCCCCAAGCCUUCUGUGAUUAAAUUUACACAAUCAUGAAAUAAAGUUUCUUUUUAUUAUUUCAAA